AUGUCUAGCAUCGGUCCUGUCCUUGUUACCGGUGGCAAUGGCUUCAUAGCGUACCAUAUCAUUGCCAAAAUUCUUGAGGAGGAACCUAACUGCAUCAUCCACUCGAUUGAUGUGAACGUUAACCGCAAUCGCCAUUCUAAAGCAAACGUGCACUACCACCAUGGCGAUUUGGCCUUAUUCCAGGACGUGCAGCGCAUCAUGCAGAUCGCCCGCCCUGUUACUAUCUUUCAUACUGCGUCCCCAGAAUUCUCCGACGCCCCUGAAUCAGCCUACCGCGGCAUCAUUGUUAAUGGUGCUCAUCACCUUAUCGAUGCCGCCGUCAAGGUGAAGACCGUGCGAGCCAUAGUCAAUACCUCAACCUCAGGGGUUAUCAACGAUAACCAUACCAAUCUUAUCGAUGCUACAGAGGAAAUGCCAAUCUUGCGCCCUCCGCAACAGCAGCGGCUUUACUGUAUUGCGAAAGCAGAUGCAGAAGAUGCUAUCCAGGCCGCUAAUCGCAAUGGCGGCCAAGGCGAUCAGCAAAUCCUGACUUGCGCGAUCCGACCCAGUCUUGCAUUUGGCGAGCGCGAUGUCGGCACCUUUGGUAAGAUGUUCGCCGUUGCAAGCCAAGGCAAGUCCCGAUUCCAGAUGGGUGAUGGGCAGAACCCGUAUGAUUUUGUCUAUGUCGGGAACCUUGCAGAUGCACACCUCCUAGCUGCUCAUGGUCUUCUAAAGGCCUGGGGGAAGCCUCCUCCGACCAACGCAUCUACACCCCGCAUCGAUGGUGAAUGUUUUCAUAUCACGAAUGAAGACCCUUGGCUCUUUUGGGACUUCCAAAGAGCUGUUUCUGCGCUUACGGGUAACCCAAUCCGGCCUGAGGAUAUUGUGGCGAUCCCGAGGUGGGUUGGAUUAACACUUGGAUUUGUGAAUGAGUGGGCUACAUGGGUGGUUUCCGGCGGUACUAAGAAGGCUAAUAUGACUCGCGAGGGUAUUCGCUUCAGUACCCUUAUUCGCACACUCAAUGGAAAAAAGGCCAAACAGGUGCUUGGGUAUCACCCCAAAGUGAGUAUGCAGGAAGGCCUGGAGCGCAGCGUGUGUUGGUUCAUAGAGAAUGAGAAAGGAUAUGCGUAA